AUGAAAAGAUUCUUUGGUAGUGGUGGUAUUAAAAUGAAAGAUAAAGUUAUAAUUAUAGCAGGUGGUACAGGUAUUGGUAAAUCAGAUUUAUCAUUAAAAUUAGCAAAACAAAUUAAUGGUGAAAUUAUUGGUGCAGAUUCAGUACAAAUUUAUAAACAUUUAACUAUUGCAAGUAAUAAAGUUACAGAUACAAAUGGUAUACCACAUCAUUUAAUUGAUAUGCUUGAUUUAGAUGAUAAUAAUUUCUGUUUAUUCGAUUAUUAUAGAUUGGCUAAAAAUACAAUCAAAGAUGUUUUAUCACGUGGUAGAGUACCAAUUGUAGUUGGUGGUUGUGGAUUUUAUUUAGAUACAAUAUUAAAAGGUUCAAGAGUAGAUUUAACAAAUGAUAAAGAAAGAGAUGAAAUUAAACUUUAUUAUAAUAAAAUUAAACAAGAAGAUAAUUGGGAUUAUUAUUAUGAUUUAUUAAAAAAGUAUGAUAUUGAAUCAGCAAAUAUGAUUUUAAAGAAUGAUUUUAUUAGGUUAUCAAAAAGUUUAUAUUUUAAUACAGUAAAAGGUGUAAAAUUUUCAACACAAAAGGAUGAUUAUCAAGAUUCAAUAGCAAAUGAAUAUGAUUUUCGUACAUUUUAUUUAUCAGGUGAUAGAUCGAAAAUGCAUAUAACUUUAAAUAAUCGUUGUGAAUCAAUGUUUAAAAUGGGUAUAUUGGAGGAGGUUUAUGACCUAUUGAAAAGAGAUAAAGAUUUACAUUUUAAAAAUUCAAAAUCUUCAGAAUCAAUUGGAUAUAGACAAAUUAUGGAUUUAUUAUUAAAACCUGUCGUUAGAAAUAUUGAUGAUACAUCAAUUAAUAUGAAUCAAUCAUUAAAUGCAAUUGAUGAAUCUGAUGUAAUUUCAACAAUUUUAAAUUUUCAAACUGCAAAUAGGAAUUAUUAUAGAAAACAAUAUUCUUGGUUUAAAAAAGAAAAAUAUUUUGAAUGGUUAAAUCCAAUUGAUAAUGAAAUUACUAAUCAAUAUAUAAUAAAAUCAUUAGAAUUACCAUUUGAUGAAUGGCAAAAUAAUAGAAAUUUAAAAAAAGAAGAAGAAAUUAGGACUUGUUCACCAAAAGAUACAAAAUUAAUAUCAUUAUAUAAACCAAGUAAACAAUUAGUUAGUUCUAUUCUUUUAAAUUCAAAUAAACUUAGAAACUCUUUAAUUAAAUCAAAUCCAGAAUUAUUUGAAAAUGAUAAUAAUAAUAAUAAAUAUAAAUAA